AUGGAUAUGCUUGCUUCGGUUCCUUUCGUUGAUGCUCCUGAAUCUGAGAGCUUACAGGCUCGUAACAAGGUUGAUUCGUACAGGAACUUUGCCGGACCCGCCUACUUGACCGGAAAGAAAAUCAUAUCGAACGAAUUAGGAGCAGUGUUUGCCAGAGGUUUCAACCUUGCCAUUCCAGAGCUGCUGCAAAUGGCUAACCGUGGCUUUUCCGGGGGCCUUAAUCAGUUUGUGAUCCACGGACAAUCAUAUACUGGAAACUAUCCUGCUACGACCUGGCCUGGGAAUGCGCCUUUCAGAUACGUGGUCUCGGAUCUUUGGAACAGCAAGCGCCCCGACUGGGACAAUGGGCUGUCUCAUGCUCUUGAUUACAUGGCGAGACUUCAAUAUAUCCAGCGUCAGGGAAUUCCGCGUACCGAUGUGGUCAUUUACAACAAGCAUUCCGCCACAGACGGGUACUUGCCGAUCGUCUACGCUGCAGACGAUCUGACAAAAGGAGGCUGGUCUUACAAUUACCUUUCGCCCGAUAAUUUCAACCAGCCAGAGGCUUUUGUCGACAACGGACUUCUUGCCCCCAAUGGCCCUGCAUACAAGGCUAUGGUGCUCUUAGCAACGCAGAAUGUGACCCUUCAAGGGGUCGAGAAGCUGCAGCAUUUUGCCCAGCAGGGCUUGCCGAUCAUCAUAGCCGGGGGUAUACCAGGAUACUAUCCAACCAGCAACUCGUCCGCCAAAGCCGUUGUGGAGUCUCGUAUCUCGAAACUCCUCUUGUCAAAAAAUGUAUACCAGGUGCCUGAAGGCGGCGUCGCCGAUAAACUUAUUUCUCUGGGGCUGCGGCCAAAUGUUGGCACCAAGACGAAUGAGACAUGGCAUGCAACUUGGCGAGAAGAUCUCGAUAACGGCAUUGACUAUCUCUACGUCUUCUGCGAUGGCCCUUCGUCGUCUGGAGAGUUGACAGUCAAGUCAACCAAAACGAUUUACGACUUCGACACUUGGACCGGAAUGCGCUCACCGCUCCUGAAUUACAGAGUAGACGGCGACUAUAGUGUUAUUCCCAUCAGUCUCACAGCUAACCAGACACUGGUUCUCGCAUUUACAAACAAGCAGUUUGAGGGGAUCGACUUGCCAGGCAUCCAUGCCACAGAGCUACCGCGGAGUGUGCUUGGUUAUGUCAAUAACGGCUCUAGCAUUUGUCUGCAAGUUAUCGCAGGUUCCGGAAGUUGGGCUAAAUUCUCAUCUGGCAAAGAGAUAAUCCUCAACAGUACAGCACCCGAGGCAUUUGAGUUGCAAAAUUGGGACCUCGUUGCAGAGCAUUGGGCGGCUCCUGAAGACAUGCAACAGGCGCAUGUGGUCGCUUUGAAGAGGAAUACCACACAAUCGGUCGAUAAGCUGGUUUCAUGGACCGAGAUAGAAGGCUUACAGAACAUGUCGGGAGUUGGAUAUUAUGUGACGAGCUUCACAUGGUCAAAGCCUCUACAAAGCUCCAUAGGGGCGUAUAUCAAGUUCCCGGCAGCUUUGAACGCAAUCAUCUUACACGUCAACGGCCAGCGUACACCGCCCCUAGAUUACACUAAUCCCAUUGCAGACAUCUCAACUUAUCUUGUUGAAGGGCGGAACGAAAUCACAGCUUCGGUGCCUAGUACGAUGUGGAACUACAUACGAAGUAUUUGGAAUAAUUUAGAAAACGGUGGCCUUCAGCCGCUGUUGCCAGUGUUGCUGCCUAGAACAGCGAACGGUCUUGUUGGAACAGUACAGGUCAUUCCAUUUGAAAAGAUUUGUAUUUCAUAA